AUGUCAAACGUGCUCAAAAGAAAGAAUGACGAAGUGGAGCCCCUGUCGGCGGAAAGUGACCAGCUCAACAAGAGAGUGGCGCUCGACAGCGAACAACUAGAGGAGCAUGAAAAGAAAGAAGAAUCGUCCCAAAUGGCUCCUACUCUCAGUGACAAUGCAAACACCUCUGAUAAAGACACUUCUCCUUCCUCUGAAGAUGUGACCAGUAAAAAGGAGGACGUACCUUCUGCCGCUGCCUGGCCCGACCUUGGACAGGUUUCCUCUGAGUCCACCACUGAAAGCGACCCUGCUGCUGCCUACAAUUCGGUAUCCAAGCCUGUCUACCGGGAGAAGGAGGACAGCACCACCGUGUCCCUCCGCAUGUACUGCCCUGUUAAAGAGGCCGGAGUGAUUGUGGGCAAGAAGGGCGAAACCAUCACUCACCUCCGUGAAAAGGCCAACGUGAGAAUCAAUGUGAGUGAAAACUUGAAGAAUGUGCCUGAACGUAUUGUUUCUGUUAAGGGCUCUGCGGAGAACGUGGCUCGUGCUUUUGGUCUCAUCACAAGAGUCAUUUUGGAGGAACCCGAGGAUGAACCCGCCUCUAUUACGAGUAAACUGUACAACUUGAGACUUUUGAUCCCCCAUCCGUUGGUGGGUUACAUUAUUGGCAAGCUGGGGUCCAAAUUCAGAGAAAUUGAGGAGAACUCAGCUGCCAAGCUCAAGGCUGCCGAACAGCCCUUACCUUACUCUACUGACCGUGUGUUGUCUGUCAACGGUGUGGGUGAUGCUAUUCACAUCGCAGUCUACUACAUCUCUCAAGUGCUCUUGGAGCACAAAGAUGUCUUGAAAAAGCAGAAAGUUGUGCUCUACAAUCCGGCCAAUUACCGUCACCAGAUGCCUUCGGCCAAUCCUCUUCAGAACAUGGCCAUUGCUCCUCAACAGCCGCCCCAAUUGCCAUUCAUGGCAGGUGGUCAUCCUCAAACGAACUUGUCACCUCUUCAGGGCUUGGCUGGAAUUCCAGGCGUUUCUGAUCCAAAGAAUGCGUAUCAACAGCAGGCUAAACCGUACAAUUUUCAAAUGAUGUUCCAGCCUUCUGUGAGACCAGAAUACCCUCCUCAGCCUCCUGCUCAUAUGGUUCAGCAGCCUCUAGGUGGUCCCAGCCUUCCUCCACAAAACUCUUUUACCGAUGAACAUGGAAACACUAUUGUUGGUGAUGUCAUUACCCAGAUGCCUACCCAAAUAAGUCUGAACCCAGACAAGUACAACGAGGACGUCUACGUCGCCAAUGCUAGCAUUGGUUCCGUCAUCGGAAAGGGAGGUAACAAUAUCAAGCAGAUCAGAGAAGCCAGUGGCUGUACGUAUGUGAAGAUUGAGCCAGACCAAAACCAAACGCUCCUUCUAGGUGGAGGCAAAGGUCUCACAAACGUCCGGAAGUUGACCUUAACCGGCUCAUAUCAAGCUAUUCAAACUGCAAUCUUUCUCAUCAACCAGAGAAUAAGUGCAGACAAGGAGCGAAACGGCAUCCAGUAA